UACGGUCAUAACGUCCACACGCCGCAAAAUCCCAGAAUCCUCCGCGCCGCUCGCCGAGAAGGUGACAGGGGACGGUGAAAAUGGCCACUGCCUAUCUCACUCACCACCAAAAGGUGUUGCGACUUUACAAGAAGUCACUGCGACACCUCGAGUCAUGGUGCAUCUUUAGAGACAAGUAUCGGUUCUACGCCUGCAUGCUUCGGGCUCGCUUCGAUGAGAACAAGGACGAGAAGGACCUGGUGAAGGCCACCAGGAUGCUGAAGGCGGGGGAGGAGGAGUUCUGGUCCAACCAACACCCCCAGCCCUACAUCUUCCCCGACUCUCCUGGGGGGACGUCCUACGAGAGAUACGAGUGCUACAAGGUCCCAGAGUGGGCGCUGGACCACUGGCACCCCUCAGAGAAGGCCAUGUACCCGGACUACUUCGCCAAGAGGGAGCAGUGGAAGAAACUGAGAAUGCAGAGCUGGGACAAAGAGGUCGCCCAGCUGCAGGCCGAGACUCAACCGGGCGGCCCCAAGACCGAGGCCCUCCCCCCCGCCCGCAAGGAGGGAGACCUCCCCCCUCUGUGGUGGCAGUACGUCACCCGCCCCAGGGAGCGCCCCACAUAAACAACCCUCCACCUCCUGGGAUGGGCGGAUCCCACCUGUCUGUAAAGAAUCAGUCAUUCACCUGUGCAGGUGUCAUGGCUGAGGAAUCAACCUGCCUGCAUCCACACUGAUGCUUAGUAGUCCGUUUGAGGAGGUUGCUGACUUAGAAAAGUCCUGUACAUGUUUCAGAUAAUAACUUAGUAACUGUUCCAAUAAAUAAAUAAAUAUAUAUAUGAUGUAAAUUG